AUGGAAGAGGCUACAAAAUUUUUACAAAGAGCAAGAAGUAAUCAGAGUCAACAUGUAGAUUAUGAAAAUCUAGAUAUUGAUCUUGUUAAAUUUUUAGAAAGUUCAAUGUCUGAAAAUAAAUAUCAAUUAUUUUGGAUUUCACCCAGUGAACUAAAAAACAAACAAAAAAUUUUUGGAACGGCCAAACUUUCUGCCAAGUAUUCUGCAGAAUGGACUUAUUUACAUAAAACUGGAGCAAGAACAAAAAAGGUUAUUUUAAAGCUAAUUUAUGAAUCAAGAUAUAAUCACGAUCAACUUAUGAAAGAG